CACCAGUUAACUCAACUGCACUUCAAGCUACCUGGACAGAUAAUACUGAUCCAAUGACAGAAAGGCCAGUGAUUACAUACAGUGUGGUAUAUUAUCAGCAAGGACAGGAUUCAUCAUCAGUUACAUUGACAGUCAAUGCUCCUACUACUACAGUAAUGAUAGGUAGUUUAUCUAAAGGAACACAUUACAUAGUACAAGUAUAUGCUACUAAUACUAUUGGAUCCAGUUCUUUAAGUAACCUAUUGACUACCAGGACUAGAAUUGAUCAUCUUGUUGCUUGUAGAAUGGAAACUACAGUUAGUAGUGAUCGUGGUGCAUUUGAAUGGCCAGAGACAAUGUCAGACAGUACAGUUAAUAUAUCAUGUCCUAAUGGUCCUAGUGGUGCUACUGCUAAUAGAAAAUGCACUAAUAAUAGUACUUGGGAAUCACCUAAUGUAACAUUCUGUGCAACAUCUGUGAUAUCUAAUCGAUUUAGAAACAUUUCAAAAGUAAAUGUUACUGCUGAAAAUGUAGUAUCAAUAUUUGAGAACUUAACUGAUCUAGUGAUGAGCACUACUGAUGCUGCUGAUCAGAAUACUGACAACAUUAGAACAGUGUCUGCCAUAUUGAACCAAACAGCAAAUCUACUAUCAGAUCCUAUAAUUAUCAUGAAUCUCUCAUCAUCAGAAUUAUUGAUG